GGGGGGGGGGGGGUGCUGCCUCAUUGCUCUCUCUCCCUGUUUCCUUGCGAGCAAAUCCAUUCACCCGGCACUUUAUAAAAGCAACUACAAAGUUGGGGAAGACAAACUUGGGAGGCUGAGAUGGAGAACUUGACUGAGCAGCACCUUGAGUUUCUUCACUCUCAGGCUCCUUCAGAUCGGCUCCUGCAGCCUCUCUGGGAUCAUCUCCUCUCCAACCAUCUGCCUCUCAUCACCUCUCCCUUCUUCCCCGUGCUCCUCGCCUUCUCCAGCUACUUUUUCUGCAGUCUACCUUUUGCCGCUCUCGACCUCCUGGGAUCCAGAGUGCCAAUGUUCCAUCGCUAUAAGAUCCAGCCAGCCAGACGUCCCACGCCUAGUGCGAUGGGUCAGAGCUUCCUGAGGUCAGUGUACAAUCACUUGAUCUUCGUUUUGCCAGCGGUAGCCCUUUUUAUCCCCCCGACCGCGGUGCCCCAAGAGGCACCGAGCGUGUACGAGUUGCUGGUGGACGGGCUGGCUGUCCUGCUACUGUUUGACACUCAGUACUUCAUCUGGCACGUGGUGCACCACAAGCACCUGCAGCUUUACCGGUGGGUGCACGCUAUCCAUCACGAGUACAUAUCCCCCUUCUCCUGGUCCGCCGAGCAGCUCAGCAUCCCGGAGCUGAUGGCGGUGGGGUUCUGGGGAAACCUGGACCCCGUUCUCCUGGGAUGUCACCCGCUGACAACGUGGUGCGUGACCGUGUUCAGCAUCUGGAUGUCGGUGGAGGACCACAUCGGGUACGACCUGCCGUGGACGCUGAACCGUGUGGUGCCCUUUGGGCUGCUAGGCGGAGCGCCAGCACAUGACAUGCACCAUCAGAAGCCAGGGUGUAACUUCGCCCCGUUCUUCAGGCACUGGGACAGGAUCUUUGGCACGGCGGCACCGUUUUAAAUUAAUGCAAAAAAGUUGUGCAGCGGUGUGUCAGAAAAUACAUGUAUAGGAUAUAAACCUAUGUUCUGUCGUUUACUUUUUAUUUUUUAUAUUGUAAUUUUACUGCACUGCAAAAUAAAUGUUUAUUUUGUUUAA